AUGGAGAACGAUUGUAGCAAAUUCAUCCAGAAAUGCCACAAGUGUCAAAUUCAUGGAGACUUGAUAAAGGUUCCUCUAACAGAACUGAAUGCCAUGAUGUCACCGUGGCCAUUCGCCACUUGGGGCAUGGAUGUCAUAGGACCAAUUGAGCCAGCUACGUCAAACAAACAUCGUUUCAUCUUAGUUGCCAUAGACUACUUCACCAAGUGGGUAGAAGCGACAUCUUAUGCAUCGUUCCGAAUCACUCAUCGGAAUUCAACCGCAUACCGGCCACAAAUGAAUGGGGCUGUGGAAGCCGCCAAUAAAAACAUCAUGAAGAUCAUCAGAAAAAUGAUUGAUAACUACAAAGACUGGCAUGAACAACUGCCUUAUGCAUUACUGGGAUAUCGCACUACUGCCAGGACUUCAACUGGGGCUACUCCGUACCUGUUGGUGUAUGGCCCUGAAGCAGUAAUACCUGCUGAAGUAGAAAUCCCUUCACUUCGAAUAGUACAAGAAGCCGAGUUAGACGAUGCAGAAUGGAUCUGCAAUAGGUAUGAGCAACUGGCUUUGGUAGAUGAAAAGAGGAUGGUUGUUGUUUGCCAUGGUGAACUAUACCAACAAAUAACGGCGCUAGCUUUCAACAAGCGUGUGAGAACCAGGCAAUUGGUGCUCAAACGAAUAUUCCCAAACUAA